UCGAGAGACACGGCACCAAGAAGAUCCUUCAUGCGCUUUACAGGGAGAUCUUUUGAGUCUCUUCAGUCUCAGCAACUAUCAGAAGAAAAUGGGAGUAUUUGCCUUGGCAGCCCAGAAUGCCUGGGGAGUGUUUGCAUCGGAAAGGAGGCCUGGCUGGAAGUACCUGAUGCAGCUUUUUGCCAUUUGCUCUGCAGUUGGCUUCCUCUUAAGCGUUAUCCUCUUCCUUGGCAUCCACGUCUCCCUGGAGCAGCAGCCUCUCUUGCUGCUUUCUGGCCUUGUCUGGGUCUCAUUCUCCAUCGCGCUCUGCUUCUCCAAACACCUGCGCUGCUUCAGCGCCCUAUUCCUUCUCUCCUGCGGGCUGCGGGAAGGAAGGAACGCUCUCCUUACUGCUGGUACAGGUGUCAUGGUAGCUGGCAACAUCCAAAGUAUUUUCCACAACCUAAAGGUUCUGACAGACAGCAUAACCUGCCAUUUAGAGUAUGAGAAAUUUGACUUGAUAAAAUAUUACAUUGAGGCUGUAAAAUGGAUUUACGAGAAUGCCAAUCUUCCCACCGACCUACUUCCUGUGCCAGUAAAGCACGAAUUUACAUCAUCUUACUCAAUUUCAGAUGAUACACUGAAACAAGAGCUGAAUGACACAAAACAAGAAAUCCAGAGAGUUGCUAACCAGAUAUCUUUUAUGCUGAAUAUAUUGCCCUGUAUAGGCCAAAAAGUACUGCCUAUAGUGGGGAUACUUCUCGUUUGUUUUGGAACUGUGCUUUUCAUCAAACAUUUUGUGGGCUCUCAUAAUGCCAAGUUUAAGAAUACUUAUAUCACAAAACAGUUCAUCACAUUUGAUGAGCAUCAAAAGCAACAGCAAAGGCCAUGCGUUCUGCCACUUACCAAAAAAGAAAGAAAAAAUUAUGCAACAAUCCCAUCUUUCAGCUUCACAAGGAAGGAGAGAAAACAGAUGCAGCAUUUUUUUCUCCCUGUAGUUAUUCAUCUUUGCAUCUGGCUCCUGUUUGCUGCAGUAGAUUAUUUGUUUUAUUGGCUAAUUGUUUAUGUGAAUAAACAUCUCCAAGAAUUACCAGAUCUGGAGAUUCAACUCAGACUCUCUCAGCAAAAGAAUAGUCUUACCAUUGUCAUGAAUGAGCAUAUUGCCAAGAAUGAUCUUUUGAAGAUCUCUUUGUUUAAGAACAACUGCAUCCCUCAGCCAGAACUCCACCUCUCCACGACAUGGCUCCAACUCGGAAUAAUCAUCUUCUUCUUAAUCAUUUUUGGCUUAUUCUCUGGCCUUCUGACCCAACUCAAAAUACUUGUGUCAAAUUCAUUUUAUCCUGACAUGGAGAUGAAACGGAUACAAUAUUUACAUGCAAAAUUACUCAAGAAAAGAGCAAAGCUACAACAGAAAGCUGUCAAGAAUGUGUUUGCUAGAACGGUCAAUUUUUGGUUCCCAAUACUCAGGGCAAGAGAGGCAGUGAGGAAGAAAGAAAAGGCUGCAUUGAAUGACAACAUGGUGUGAAAGAGACCAAGCAAAUCUUCGGAUAAGGCUAGGUAUAUGCUUCUGUCGUCUGAAUGAAUAAAUACUUAAAACUUUCCAGUAGCAAGUGUCAGAAGUUGUUUUCCACCUGAAAAACUGAAAAACAUCAAGUCUGGGGCAAAGAUGACUCUGUCUCUGUGGAAGAUGACCAGGUGAGAGAGCACUUCAACGAACUGGACAUACUUAAGUCUGUGGAAUGUGAUAGGAUGCACCCAUGGGUGCUGAAGGAGCUGGCUGUCAUUGCGAGGCCAUUCCCAGUUGUCUUUGAAAGGUCAUGGUGGCUGGGAGAGAUUCUUGAACACUGGAAGGAAGCAAAUGUCACUGCAGUCUUAAAGAAGGGCAGGAAGGAGGAUCUGUGACAUAACUGGUUGUUCAGCCUCACCUCAGACCCUUGGAAGGUGAUGGACCCUGGAAUCCAUUUCAGGUCAGAAAGCUGAACUAGGACAUUGAGCAUAAUAAAAACGUUUUUACUUUGAGAGUGGUCAAACGGUGAGGUUAUGGAGCCUCCAGCCUUGGAGACACUCAAAACACAACUGGAACGGCCCUGAGCAACUCAGAGCAGUGGAGUCACAGUGCAUUAACCCUAGAAUGGCUGCCAGCCCCAGCCGCUCUGUGACUCCCUGCCUGUCACAGAAACCUCUGCAGAAAACAUAAGACAUCCGCUGCAGAAACUUGUUCUGAUUUGUGCAUGCUCUGUGCCAACACCAGCUUGCCAUCACACAAAUACUGCCAUAACAGCCAUCUUGGUGUCAUGCACUCAAGCAAACUAAGGUCCUGUGUGUGACUGCACACACACAUACCUGUGUGCUGAAGGGGAGCUGAACCACAGACAGAGGAAAUGUUUGCUCUUCCCUGCCUCCCUAUGGCUAGGGGACCAAGAAAAAUGGCAUAUUGUUUUUGAAUUCUAAAAAAAAUCCUCUUCAGGGCCUCAGAGACAUUAGGGUUCAUCCCACUGGCAUAACAGCUCCUGCCCUGAGGUAUAGUAUGAGGCCUACUCCUUCCAGGCCCAGUGGUGAAAACACCCACUGACUGAGGUCCACGUUGUGCAGCUGUAAGGGUGGGUCUGUCUCUCUCUAGGUGUUGCAGAGACAUACUCCUCAUUCUCUGUAGCCCUUACAAGGUUUGUUUUCUCCCAUUUGUUUCUGUCCUGUGAGCUGGAGAAGUCUGGGGUUUUGCUGAUCUUCAGCUGCCUCCUCUGCAUGUUGAUCAGUUCCUCCCAUUGCCUGUUUACUGUAGACCUCAACCACAUGAUUACAUAUUUUUAUUUCUUCUCCUUAAAAAAAAAAAAAAAGUAA